AUGUUUUUGGUUCUGGUUUUCGUUUGUUCGGUGCACGGUUACCCAGCUUCUUGGGUGCAGAAAAUUGGAGAAAAUGCUCCGUUUAACGAAAACAACAAUAUAAAUGAUGAUUUGUUGGAGUUGGAUAAUUAUUUGUCAAAAAAUGACUCACUGUUUGCCGAUUCAAAGACCCAAGACUAUACCAAAAUGAUUAUACCAUUUACAGCGGAUUUUUCCGAUAAUAAUAAGCCUGAUGGUAGCAUAGAUUUAGAAGCCAUUUUAGGUCUACUUGGAAGCCUCAGCACUGUAAGUAAUGAACAAUUUAAAGAUUAUCUAAUAAUAUUAUUUUCCUUAAAGCAAAAUCCUUAUGGUACCUACGAUUUCAGCGGCCUUUCAGAUCUUUUGCGGAGCUUCUUUGGUGGUGAUGCAGGUGGAGGCGGUUCAGAUAUAGGAGCCUUUGCCGGAGGCCUAUUAGGAGCUGUGAUUAAAGGAGUCGCUAAUCCACCAGGAGCAAAAGGUGCUGGUAUCUUGGCAGGAAAAGUGGUGACAGGUAUCUUGCCAGCCUUGAGCGGUCCACCGCCUUCGAUGGAGGAAAAAGGUAAUGGUACCACAAAGGCUCCGCCACUAGAUUCUGGUGCAUUUUUAACAGGAUUUAUCAAGACUGUUUUGGGCAGUGGCGGAAAUGGCAUGGGACAGGGCAACAAAAACUCCAAGUACACCCUAUUCAAGCUACUAUUUUCCGCAAUCACUGGAGUAUUUUCCGCAGCCUCGUCCCUAUCAUCGUCAGGCAAAUCCGAUUGGAAUUAGUUUGUAAUAUAAAAAUAAAUCCUCACUUAAUUAUCA